AUGGCAUUACACAUCAAAUUAGAUGCGUUUUUGAAUACUGAACCAAAACCGGAAUGGUUGAAUCAGUUAAGAGUAACUAUUGCGGUGGGUAAAAAGUUUGAGCAGAAGGGCGACUUCGAAAAAGCCGCAAAAUGUUAUGAAACCGUCUUAUAUUACGACCCUGUGGACACUAAAACGCGCGUCAAACUCAGCAAAUGUUAUCAGAAAAUUUUACAACCCGAACAAGCGGCAAAACACCAAACUCAUGCGAUGCAGAACGAUCCCAAUUUACUCCAAACCAUCGGGAACGAAGCCAGUGUAAACUUUGAAUUGGGAAACUUUGAAAGCAGUUUAAUGACUUACAGCCAAUAUUUUAAGCUAAGGAAAACGUCGUUUGACUGUAAUCAAGGAUUACUGAAAGUCAAUGAAGUUAUGGACAACUAUUUACCUGUUAAUGGAAUAAUGGCUUGUUUAAAAGACGCAAUGUUACAAAUGAUAGAAAAUGAACCAUUCAUUGACUCAGAUGCGUGUGCAAAAUUAAAUAGUUCUAUAAAAUUGAAUAAAAUUCACAAAGCUCACACUGAACGAUUCCAAGAAUCAUACUAUUUACGUGAUAUAGUACAAAACGUAAGGUUUUAUAGAAAACAGCUGAAUGUUUUACCCAAAUACAAUAAAAAUGAUAAAUUAGUUCACGAACAAAUCCAAGGAGUCGUUCACACGUUUGAAACAGCCAAAAAAGACUUAUACCGUAAAAAGCCAUUUUACAUGCACGUAUGUCAACGACCGAAUCGCCAGCUUAAUGACCAGCGUAAAAUCAAAGAUAUGGUCAAAUUACAAAUUUCCAAAUACAUAAAUUCAAUAGCCGAACACUGUUUGUCGGGCGAAAUCGAAUCAGCUCGCCGACAAGCCGAACUAGCCAUGAAAUACAUGGACGAACAUCGCCACAGACCAUUGAAGGUAGUGAACGCCUUGUACGAAGUGAUCGGUUUGGCUCUGUACUUUCUAAAUCGGGAUAUACCCGAGUGGUCGGAUGAGAUGAACGAAAAGAGGAUAUUAUUCAUAAUGGGAUCGAGCUUUGACAAAAAAGACGCUUACAAACACGUUUAUCACGAGUCAUAUUUCGGGCCCGAUAACCGAAACAAGAGGAUUUAUAUGAAGAAACUCACCAGGCAGUUAAAUGGCAUAGAAUUAUCCACGUACAGACUGUACCUUCAGUACGAGCGGAUAAAAUGCUACAUGCAUCUGAACGACUUCAAAGCAACGAGACCGUUAACGAAAACAAUGUUUCACGACGCUUGCGCUUUGGGUAGUAUCGCGUGGAAAGUCAAUGCACUGAUGCUGACGAUGAUCUCCGAGUCUAAAUUAGGCAACGGGCUGCAAUGUAUAAAAACCAUAGAGCUUAUUAUAACGCUUAGUCAAACUCUGGGAGACGAGAAGGUCACCGCGUUUAUGAGAAAAAUGUGGAAAUUAUUUGCCACUGACAAAGUGCGAGUGCCCGAAAUGGGCACCGAAGAAGAGCGAAAAGCAGACUUGAUAAACAUCAUGCCGGACUCGGAGAACAUUCUGCUCAUGGACAGUUUAUUAAACCGUAUCGACAGAUUACCCAAGGAAUGUCGAUUGUCUCUGACGCUGGGAGAACCUUCAGGAGUCAACUGCGCAGAUCACGGGUCAGACAUUCGGCGGGAGCCCUUGAUAAUCGGUAACAGGUGGAAAUGA